AUGGAUUUGUCUUUUGAGGGAGGUGCUCUUGAUCCGUUGAAAUGCAAUAAGUUAAGUAUGAAUGAAAAGAGAGAACUUGUCUAUCAAUUAUCAAAGUGGCCAGGUGCAUCUGAAAGGCUACAGUCAUGGAGCCGUCAGGAGAUUCUGCAGAUCCUUUGUGCAGAGAUGGGAAAAGAAAGAAAAUAUACAGGCUUGACAAAGUUGAAAAUCAUAGAGCACCUUUUGAAAAUUGUCUCUGAAAAAAAAUCUGAGGAGCGUGAGGCCUCACCUGACCUUGAGACCGAAAUAUCUCCUGCAUCUACUCAGAGAGCUUCUAAAAGGCAGCGGAAAACUGAUAACCCAUCUCGAGUGCCUGUCCCAUUGAACUAUGUUGCAACUAACAAUGGGAUCAGUGAUCAAGCCAAUACUAUAUACUGCAAAAACUCAGCUUGUAGAGCUACCUUAAAACCAGAUGACACAUUUUGCAAGAGGUGUUCAUGUUGUAUCUGUCGUCAGUAUGAUGACAACAAAGAUCCCAGCCUGUGGUUAUUUUGCAGCUCAGAGCCUCCUUUUCAAGGUGUUGCCUGUAGCAUGUCGAGCCAUCUUGAUUGUGCCUUAAAACAUGAAAGUUCUGGCAUUGGGAAAGAUGGGCGUCAUGGGAGACUUGAUGGGAGCUUUCGCUGUUUUGCUUGUGGGAAAGUCAAUGAUUUGCUGGGAUGCUGGAGAAAACAAUUGAUGAUGGCUAAAGAUACCAGGAGGGUAGACAUUAUGUGCUAUCGUUUGUCCUUAAGUCAGAAACUUUUGAAUGGAACUGAAAAGUACAAAAAGCUUCAUGAGAUUGUCGAUGAAGCUGCAAGGAAGCUUGAAGCUGAAGUGGGUCCAUUAAUUGGUUUACCCGUAAAGAUGGGUAGAGGAAUUGUCAACAGGCUUUCUUCAGGACCAGAGGUUCAAAAAAUCUGCACUUUUGCUGUGGAGUCACUGGACAAAAUGCUUUCAAACACUAUUUCACAUCCAUUGCCUGAUUCAAAGAUGCAAGAUUCAAACAUGAUUGCUCCAGUGACAGUCAACUUUGAAGAUGUACGUGCAACUUCCCUUGCUUUGGUUUUGGGUUCUCAAUAUUCUUCAGCUGAUGAUAUCGCUGGUUAUACCUUGUGGCAUCGUAAUGGUCAUGAUCUGGAUUAUCCAGCGGAACCUACUUGCAGACUGUUCUUACCAAAUACAAGAUAUGUUGUCACAGGCCUAUCUCCAGCCACAGAGUACCAUUUUAAAGUUGUUCCUUUCAAUGGUGUAAGAGAAUUGGGUAUGUUUGAAGUUCAGUGCUCAACCAGCAUUACUCAGGACAAAGUCCAAAACUAUUCAAUAGUAGAAAGAAGUCAAAGCCCAAAUACCAUUUGUAGCAGCCUCUCUAAUCCGUCUUCUGUGGAGGAUGAAACAAAUAACAAUCAACCAUGCAAUGAUCAAAUUGUCAACCGAGCUGACAAUUAUCAUGCCUACUGCGAGGAUGGUGAUAAAAUUGUGUCUGCCAAUAAGUCCAAUGGUGCUUUAAAUUGCUCUGGCACCCUAGCAGAUGCAAUUCCUUUGCUAGAUGAGGAACAUACCACACAGGUGGUAAGCUCCAAGCCCAAUUCUGAUAUGCAAAUGCUUGAUAAGAAGCACUUGACAGAGGGCCGAAUCAUUGAAGAGAUAAUUACUGAUAGUGGGUCUGAUACCCCCGUUCAGACUGCCAUGGAAUGCGUGCCAUUUGUGAGCAAUUCUGAAGCUAGCUUGCCCAUUACUCCCUGCAAACUGGAAAUGCUUAAGGACGGGCAAGGAAGAAAUGGAAGAUCAAAAUCCAUCAACAAAGACAUAGUAAAUGGGGCUGGAAAAGGAGAGGAGCCCCAAGAUGGCAGCACUUCAAAGAAGAGAAGUGGGGAAAGGCGAGAUGAGGAGUGUAUGGCAAAUGGUCAUUCAGAUAGGGACUUUGAGUAUUACGUGAAGAUAAUCAGAUUGUUAGAGUGUGAGGGACAUAUCGAGAAGAAUUUUCGGCAGAAAUUCUUGACUUGGUAUGGCUUGAGGGCAACAGCACAAGAGGUAAGGGUUGUGAAGACAUUCGUUGAUACCUUUAUUGAAGAUCCUGCUUCUCUUGCAGAACAGAUUGUGGAUACCUUUUCAGAAUGUAUUUCUAGCAGGAGACAAUCUGUUGUGCCAUCUGGGUUCUGCAUGAAGCUCUGGCAUUGA